AUGGUGGAGGAUUAUCAAAUGACAAAUAUUGUUGUGGGAGAUAACUUUGAAAAUAUGUUAUUGAGAGAAUUGAGAGAUCUUUUGCUGCUACAUGGAAAACUAAUAAAAAACUAUGAUCUUCCAAUAUUGACAAUGGAAACAAAUGAAGUCGGGGGAGUGCCAACAAUUAUUCAAGAAGAGUUGUCAGUCCAAAUUCCAAAUGAAGACAUUCAAUCUGUUGAGAAGUUAAAUAAUGACCAGAUGAGUGCUUACAAUACAAUUAUGAACGCCAUCCACCAAAAACAAAGUCAAUUUUAUUUUGUUGAUGGUCCUAGAGGGACAGGUAAAACUUUCCUUUAUCGAACUAUAAUGGAAAAUUUGAGACGUAAUAGUGAAAUUGUCUUAGCAACAGCUUCCUCAGGCAUAGUUGCUACAUUAUUACCUGGUGGUAGAACUACACACUCUCGAUUUGAGAUCCCCAUUGAUAUAAAGCCCCUUUCUAUUUGCAAAAUAACAAAGAAUUGUGACCUUGCAAAACUCAUUAGAAUAACCAAUGCAAUCAUUUAG